UUUUGCAUCUGCAAGACGAGUUCUCAGUUCUGAGUUCUUUUCUGGCUUAUCCUGGGACACCUAUGAAUCGUGGGGCUUCACUCUCGCCGUCUUUAAGUGAACAGUGCGCAUGCCCCAACUUCCUCUUUUUCUGGCUGGAACCAUGGAGGCGGCAGAAGAGAAGAAGAAGGUUCCUGCUGUGCCGGAAACCCUUAAGAAAAAGCGAAGGAAUUUCGCAGAGCUGAAGAUAAAGCGCCUGAGAAAGAAGUUUGCCCAAAAGAUGCUUCGAAAGGCAAGAAGGAAGCUUAUCUAUGAAAAAGCUAAGCACUAUCACAAAGAAUAUAGGCAGAUGUACAGAACUGAGAUUCGGAUGGCUAGGAUGGCAAGAAAAGCUGGUAACUUCUAUGUUCCUGCGGAACCCAAAUUGGCAUUUGUCAUCAGGAUCAGAGGCAUCAACGGCGUGAGCCCCAAGGUCCGAAAGGUGCUGCAGCUUCUGCGCCUUCGCCAGAUCUUUAACGGCACCUUUGUGAAGCUCAACAAGGCUUCCAUUAAUAUGCUGAGGAUCGUGGAGCCGUACAUCGCCUGGGGAUACCCAAACCUGAAGUCAGUCAAUGAAUUGAUCUACAAGCGUGGUUAUGGCAAAAUCAAUAAAAAGCGAAUUGCUCUGACGGAUAACACAUUGAUUGCUCGUUCUCUGGGUAAAUAUGGCAUCAUUUGCAUGGAGGAUCUGAUUCAUGAGAUCUACACUGUUGGAAAACGCUUCAAAGAAGCAAACAACUUCCUAUGGCCCUUCAAGUUGUCCUCUCCACGAGGUGGGAUGAAGAAGAAGACCACCCAUUUCGUAGAGGGCGGAGACGCUGGCAACAGGGAAGACCAGAUCAACAGGCUUAUUAGACGGAUGAACUAAGGUAUCUACCAUGGUUAUUUUUCUAAUCCGGUCCGCUAUUAAAGAGUUACUGUUUCAAAUUGAAA